CUUCGCGACACACAACCGCGUAUCGACAACAACCAUCACGACUCGUAUCGACCGGUACCCAGCUAGCCCUAUAUCAACAGCACGCACAGCGACCUCUCGACUCCCCUCGCAGACCGCUGCCGCCACUCACGCUCACCGCAACCCCUAAUCCAGACGCUCCUCCACGUCUUCCCUCACCAGCCAUGACUAAGCGUGUCCUCCGCGUCGCGCUCCUCAUCAACGAUGUGCCGAUGCAGACGGUGAUUGACGAGGACGGCACCUACUACGACAUCUUCAAGCGCUGGCUCCUCAAGGCGCUGGCAAAGUACCCCGAUGCGCAGGUCGCCAACAACACCGAGCUUGUGUUUGAUGGCUACGACGUCGUCAACAAGCUUGAGUUCCCGCCCGCCGAGAAGCUCGUCGCUGGCGGCUCCGAGUCGUAUGAUGUGAUCAUGUUGACUGGAUCGAGGCACACUGCGCACGACGAGACCAGCUCGUUCGGCCCCACUCUUAUCAAGUGGAUCCGUGAGGUCGCCACCAACCCCGCUACCCAGCACAUUCGCCUGGUUGGCAUCUGUUACGGCCACCAGAUCCUCUCCAUUGCGCUUGGCGGCCAGUGUGAGGUCGGCAAGGCUGGCUGGGAGGUUGGCGUCUACGGCAUCAACUUGACCGAGGAGGGCAAGUACUGGUGGUCGUCAGACGUCAACUCUGUCAAGGGCUCGGACAAGAUCUACGCCGAGCAGAUGCACCGCGACCACGUCCCCGCACUCCCACCAGGAACCCAACUCCUCGGCAGCUCAGAAAAGUACCCAGUUCACUCGUUCGUCAAGCUGCACCCCGCUUCGACACCAGCCAAGCCCCUUGCCCAGGUCCUCACCAUCCAGGGCCACCCCGAGUUCACCCCCUCAAUCGUCAACCACAUCACCGACGCACGCACCGAGGGCGGUAUCUUCACCCCCGAGGUCGCUGCCGAGGCACACCGUCGCGCAUCUGGUGUUGAUGGCACUGGCGGCGAGGGCGAGGGCCGACUCGGCACCGCCAUCUGGAAGGUCAUGCUCCAGGACCUUCCGGUUCAGCAGGACGCCCCCGCACCACAAGGCAACGGCUCGGCACAGCAGUCAACUCAAGCUUAUCUGCAAGAUCCGUCCCGCUACGCCAGCAUUGACAAGCUACUCGACCGCCCGGGUCCCUGGACUGAUGAGAGCUUUGAGGGAGGACAGACGACCAAGAACUUCCUCCGUAACGAGUCCAAGAUUCUGGUCAUCGGUGCCGGUGGUCUCGGCUGCGAGAUUCUGCAGAACCUUGCAUUGACCGGCUUUGGCAACAUCCAUGUCAUCGACAUGGACACGAUUGACAUUUCUAACCUCAACCGCCAGUUCCUGUUCCGCGAGGCCGAUGUCGGCAAGUCCAAGGCUCUUGUGGCCGCCGACUUCAUCAUGAAGCGUAUCCCCGGCGUCAAGGUGACGGCCCACCACAGCAAGAUCCAGGACCACCCCCUUUCCUUCUACAAACAGUUCAACAUUAUCAUUGCUGGUCUGGACUCGAUCUCGGCUCGCCGGUGGAUCAACGCCACGCUCGUCGGCAUGGUGGACGAGGAGGACCCGGAGAGCCUCAAGCCUCUGAUCGACGGCGGUACUGAGGGCUUUAAGGGCCAGGCCCGUGUGAUCCUCCCGACAAUCACUUCGUGCUACGAGUGCUCGAUCGACAUGCUCACCCCUCCCACUGCAUUCCCCAUCUGUACCAUUGCCAACACCCCCCGACUCCCCGAGCACUGCAUCGAGUGGGCCAGCGUUCUUGAGUGGCCUCGUGUGUUCAAGGACAAGAAGCUUGACACGGACGACCCAGACCACAUCGAGUGGCUGUUCCAGGUUGCCUCGAACCGCGCUUCCGAGUUCAAGAUUGAGGGCGUCACGUGGGCUCUUACCCAGGGUGUCGUAAAGAACAUCAUCCCGGCUAUUGCAAGCACGAACGCAAUCAUUGCGGCGUCGUGUUGCAACGAGGCGCUCAAGAUUGCCACGACGUGUGCGCCUUUCCUCAACAACUACAUGAUGUACGUUGGCAACGACUCGCUCUACACCUUCACCUUUGAGCACGAGAAGCGGCCCGAGUGCCCCGUCUGCGGCGGCGAGUCCAUCUCGGCCGAGGUUGGCAAGGACUGGACUCUUGAGAAGCUUGUGGAGUGGAUUAGCGUGCGGCAAGACCUCCAGAUUACGCGGCCCAGCUUGGCCCAUGCCAGUGGCCAACCGCUCUACUUCCAGGCACCUCCUCAGCUGCACGAGGCUACCAAGCCGAACCUGGAGAAGCUGGUUUCGGAACUAGUGCAGGAAGGCGAGGCACUGGUUGUUACGGAUCCAAACCUGCCGUUUAGCCUGUCUGUGGAGGUGACGUUUGUGUGAGCUGCAGUCAGGGAGGAGCAGCAGCUUGGUGUGAAGAAGGUGCAAUGUACAUAGCUAGCAUUGUAUUAUAGAGACGAUUGCAUGGAGUGAA